AUGUCAUAUGAAAAGCGGACGUUUAUUGUAAUUCCUGUUGCUUAUUCAACAUUGUUUGCUGUAGAGGCCAACAAAUUAUCGUGUUUCACUAAACAUGGCGGCAUCAUGAAGGCUGAGAAGAUUAUUUCCCCUUGGAAUUUAACCACAUCACUUCAGAUAUUUGAGUUGAAGGCUUGCGAUUUAAAACUAUUUAUGGACAAAGGCGACGAGAACAAGUUUCUUCUGCGUUUUGUCAUACGUGAUGUUUUAUAG